AUUCGAGGAAACACCCAGGAUCACCUGUGUCACAUUCCUUACACCAAACUACUGACUCAAGGCAGACUGAAGGAAAACAGAGAAAACUGAGGAACCAAAUGCUGAAACACAGACUGCUGGAGGAGGAAACAACAAUCAAACCAAAGUGAAACUUCACUCAGUCACAAAAUGGCUUCCAAGUCAGAGGAGGAUCUCUGCUGUCUGAUCUGUCAAGAUGUCUUUAAGGAUCCGGUUAUUCUGUCAUGUAGCCACAGCUUCUGUAAGGAAUGUGUGAAGAACUGGUGGAGGGAGAAAACAGUAAAACAGUGUCCUGUUUGUAAGAAGAGAUCUUCUAAGGAUGAUCCACCUUUAAAUCUGGUUCUGAAGAAUCUGUGUGAGUCUUUGUUACAGCAGAGAAACCAAAAAGCUUUAGAGGGUCUCUGCUCUCUGCAUUCUGAGAAACUCAAACUCUUCUGUCUGGACCAUCAGCAGCCAGUKUGUSUCGUCUGCAGAGAUUCAGAAAAACACACCAACCACAGAUUCAGACCCAUCGAUGAAGCUGCUCAGCAACACAAGAARAACCUUCAGGAAACUCUGGAGCCUUUAAAGRAGAAGCUGGARCUCAGGAAGAAAGUUCAGGAGRAGUUUGAUCAGACAGCAGAACACCUGGAGGUCCAGGCCCGACACACAGAGAGGCAGAUUAGGGAKCAGUUUAAGCAGCUUCAUCAGUUUCUAGCAGAGGAAGAGGAGGCCAGGCUGGCUGCACUGAGGGAGGAAGMGGAGCAGAAGAGAGGGAUGAUGAAGGAGAAGAUGGAGGCUCUGAGCAGAGAGAUAGCAGCUCUUUCAGACACAGUCAGAGCCACAGAGGAGGAGCUGAGAGCUGCAGACGUCUCAUUCCUGCACAACUACAAGGCUGCAGUGGAAAGAGUCCAGCGCUGCCCCCUGCUGGAGSAUCCACAGCUGCYSUCAGGAGCUCUGAUAGACCAGGCCAAACAUCUGGGCAACCUGGCCUUCAACAUCUGGAGCAACAUGGAGACCAUGGUGACCUACACUCCUCUGGUUCUGGACCCAAACACGGCUGGUCCAAACCUCCAUCUGUCUGAUGAUCUGACUUGUUUGACUAAAGGAGAGAAACAGCAGCUUCCUGAUAAUCCAGAGAGGUUUAGGUUAUGUUCUGUUCUGAGUUCUGAGGGUUUUAACUCGGGGAACCACAGCUGGGAUGUUGAUGUUGGAGACAGUAAAUUCUGGUUACUUGGUGUGAUAGAAGAGUCUGUUCAGAAGAAAGGAGACACAAAGUCUGGAUUGUGGUAUAUUUGGUUUUGUGGAGGUAAAUACUCAGCAAAUUCCCCAUCGGCUCCUUCCAAACAUCUCUCAGUCCAGAAGAAUGUCCAGAGGAUCAGAGUGAAUCUGGACUCGAACAGAGGAAAACUGUCCUUCUCUGACCUGUAUACUAACACACACAUACACACCUUCACACACACCUUCACUCAGAAGAUGUUUCCAUACUUCGACACUUAUGACAAACCAGUAAAGAUCCUGCGGAGGAAGAUCUCAGUGAUCAAACAGCAGCUCUGAUGACCUCAACAUGAAGAACAAAUGAAUCCUUAUUGAUCAGAUGAUUGAUUGGUUUUAUGAUUGAUAGUUUGCUGGUUUGGUAAAUGUCUUAUUUUUUAUAGUAAGAAAACUGGAGAUGAUCUCAUCAUCUGGGGACUAUUCAUAUCUUUCUGUGUUUUCCAAUGAAAUGUUUUGAACACUGUGUUUAUAAUUCACAACAAAUAAAUAAAUUUCUAGCAUGGUUAUUGAAAGUUUGGUCUUUCAAUUUUACUUGUAACGGAUUAGAAAAUSAAAACAAUCACAACAUGUAUCCACAUUAUAUAUUUUCUUCUGGUUGAAUAGUUAUUAUUUACAUGAAUGUUGUACCUGUUUCCAAACCUGAAGGUUUUUCAUGUUUAAAUACAUUUCAUGUGAACAAACAUAUGCUGCUUCGUGUGACCAAAUGAUCAUUGUUCAUGAAUUUCUCCUUUUAAUCUGA